UGCCGAUAUACUGGCGUCAGUGAGUUGAUUCCAACCAAAACGGCAACAACUGCAGAUUUGCGAAGUGCGGUUGUCGCAAGCGAAAAUUAUUGAUUUCCGUUAAUUUCUUUAGCACCAUAUGUGAGCUGGAAGCGGAAUCUGCGUGGUGCCUAAAGUUAUGUUGACGGAGAUAUACUGGAAUAAAACAGAAUCAGUCUCAGUUGAACCAUCGAUAUCGCUAGAACGAAAAAAGUUAACAUCACAAUAUGGAAAUCAACCUUGAACUUUGGAUUGCGGUCAUUUCAAUUGGGAUACUGCUCUACAAGUGGAUAACCCGUAACAAUGACUAUUUUCACGAGAAACCAAUACCCUCGAUGGCAGUUAAACCGUUCUUCGGAGGCAUAGCCCCGCUCGUUUUCAAAUCAUUCUCGAUGAAUGGGUUCAUCAGUCACAUCUAUCAAAAGUACCCAAAUGUGAAAGUUUUUGGAUUUUUUGAUGCAUUGACACCAAUCUUCGUCGUACGGGAUCCGGAGCUGAUCAAGAAGAUUACCGUCAAGGACUUUGACCAUUUCAUCGAUCAUCUGCCCAUGUUCGGCAACAGUGAAAACGAUAAUCCUUACUCUAUUUUCGGCAAAACUUUAUUUGCCUUGACCGGAAAAAAGUGGCGCCAAAUGCGAGCAACUCUAAGUCCUGCCUUCACCGGUAGCAAAAUGCGGAAGAUGUUUGAACUGGUCAUCGAGUGUAGCGACAGUGUUGCACAGUUCUACAAGACUCAGUCGAAUGAAACGCAUGAAGUGGAGCUCACCGAUUUGUUAACACGUUUCGGUUUUGAUGUGAUCGCAAGCUGUGCUUUCGGCAUCCGAAUGGACUCGUUAAGAGACAGAGAUAACGAUUUCUACAACAACGGCAUAAAAAUGAGGCGUUUUCAGCGAUUGAGUGUCGCUAUACGGUUUGUUAUGUUUAAGUUCUGCCCUACGCUGAUGGGUAAACUGGGAAUCGAUGUCAUCGAUCGGGAUCAAGUUCGAUACUUCAGUGCUCUCAUAAAGGACGCCGUGAAACAACGCCAGACCAAGGAUAUCAUUCGACACGACAUGAUUCAGCUUCUCAUUCAAGCUCGAAAAGGUACGUUGAAGCAUCAAGAAGAGAAGGAAGUCGAAGAAGGAUUCGCUACAGUCAAAGAAUCUAGCAUUGGGAAGACCAACGUUACGUUCAAUAUGACCGACAACGAAAUGAUCGCCCAAGCCUUCGUAUUCUUUUUGGCUGGAUUUGAAACGGUGUCCACCGCUCUAACUUUUCUAAUUCACGAUCUUGUAAUGAACAAAGACGUGCAACAUCGAUUGUACGAGGAAGUAGCGAGUACCCACGAGUAUCUCCAAGGAAAGCAUCUGAAUUACGACACCCUCCAGAAGAUGAAAUACAUGGAUAUGGUCGUUUCGGAAAGUAUGCGGAUGCGUCCUGCGGGACCAUUUAUGGAUCGCGUUUGCAUUCACGACUAUGAUUUGGAUGACGGACAAGGCCUGAAGUUCACCAUCGACAAAGGGACUGCCGUUUGGAUUCCAGUACAAGGAAUCCACAUGGAUCCCAAGUACUAUCCGAAUCCGGAGAGAUUCGACCCGGAACGAUUCAACGACGAAAACAAGGCAGCCAUCAAUCCGAUGACGUAUUUGCCGUUCGGAAUUGGACCGAGAAACUGUAUCGGAUCGCGUUUUGCUCUGAUGGAAAUCAAAGCCAUCGUGUAUUAUCUGCUGUUGCAUUUUUCAUUCGAAGCCAACAGGAAAACUCAAAUUCCACUGAAGCUACGCAAAGGAUUCACCGUUGUGGCCGCUGAAGGCGAAGUUUGGAUUGAUCUAAAGGCCAGAUAAGGAAAAUUUGUAAUCAUAAAAAAUACUUUGGAAAAAAAAAGUUACAACAUACAACUUUCAGCCAAAUUGAACUAUUAUAUAACUUUAUCAACCUUCUCUAUAA